AUGAUGUUGGCGCCAAUCACAAAUAUAAAGAUACUAACUAUUGAUAGUACCAUAAUAGAACAUCCUCCUAAUGGACAAAAAAGAUGGAGAAUAACGUCUAGAAAAUCAAACUCACUGACCAUAGGAUCAAAGAAUUCAAAAAUCCCAAAAUCGCAAAGGGUGAUCCAGUGUUUACAGAAUUCGUUACAAAUCGCUGCCGCGGGGCAGCAAUAUCAAGGAAAAAUGCCGCCAUCAAAGAGGCCUAAAAAUAAGCCUGGAAUGCCGAAAGAUUUUAUAUUUGUGGAUUUAUCCCCGGUCAAAAAUGCUGAGGACUCAUCGGACGAGGGCGACAAUAGCAGUUUAGUCUCACCAACUAUUACUCCUGAUACUACUGCUUUGGAUAAACAAGAAUUGAUUACUGUUUCACCGGUUACUACACCAGACACUACUAUUGAUAAACACGAAUCGAAUACUGUUUCACCUAGUAUUGCACCAGAUUCUACUGCUUUGGAUAAACAAAAACUGACUGCUGAUUCAUAUUUCGAGUUAUCUGCCUCUAAUGACUCCUUUCAAUCUCUGCAAUCCGAUGAAGAAUCAAUUUUCUCAUUGGGGGAUUCGUCGGUCUUGUCCAAAUCCUCCACUUUUGGAACCGAAUCUUAUAUACAGGACUAUAACCAAAUUAAUUCCCAAUCGAGUGCAAGCAAUGAUGCCAUGCUUGGAUUGGGUAUUCUUAACAUGGAUAUGUCAUCUAAUGCGGGUCAUUGGAUAGCAGAGAGCGGUGAUAUGUAUUACCAAGAAAGCUUCAAUUAUGAACCAUCAGUUGCUUAUAACUCGCAUAUUAAUCCAUUUCCUGUUAUUGAACAAUCGAAAAUUGAGCCUCAAUUCGAGGGCUUGAAAAGAUCCAGCACAGUCCCCGAGUUGCCUACACAGGUUCAGCAACCCACUUCUCACAGAAGAGCAAAGUCAACAUGCGAACCUUCGAAAAAGAGAUCCAGCUCUACUUUGCAGUUCAGAGUUUACAAAGCUCCUUCUAGUAAAGGAAAGAAAAGCCUGACUCCUGAAUUGAACCAUAGACGCACAAUUUCUGAACCAUCAUUUGCCGUUCCAAGAAAUUCCAAUGCCUUUGACUUCAUGGAUUUUGACAAUCAAAUGUUUGUGGAUUUGAAUGGUGACGAUUCUCCUGGCAACUGUAAUUCAGUGAUGUCAGAAUCUAAUAUUUUUACUCCUAGCACAGAAUACUCCGAAAGUGAGGAUUAUACCAGUGGUUUAUUAAAGUCUUCGAAUAUGGACACUUUUUCACUUGGGGGUUGUGGCUCAAAUGAAUUCUUAGGAAGUAACCAAUUUGAUUUUGAUUUUAAUUCUUAUGUUUCUUAUUAA